AAAAAGGGUUGUGGGCUGGUUCAGGGCUGCCAGUCCCUCCUCUCACUCACUGCCCUGGCAAGUAGUGAACUGUGCUUGCUGGGUUCCAGAAUGAACAAGCACCCUGGCAGUGUGUGGGAGAUGGGUUUCCUGGGUAUCCCUUGGACAAUACCGAUCUCAGCAUCCUAGAUUUGGGUUCUUGGCAUGCCUGUGGUGAUCUCACUGUCCCAUACUUUAUUUCAGCUCCUGGAGUUUCAGCCCCUUCAGAAGCCACUCAAAAUUUGGAUACUGCUUCCCAGUCUGUUGUGGCUCCUCAGCAGCGUCCCAGCAGCAAGAUUUGCUGGCAAAACCAGCAGGAGCUGUUGUUCCUUCCCCCAAGGAAUGAUUUAAGGACAUUUUCCUGUGGAGCCACAAAACCAGUUUUGAACUGAGGAGGGGUGGGAUGGCGGCGGAAAAAAGCUCUGCUGGGACAGAGAAAGGAGGAAGUAAAUAACGAAAACAAGAGAAAUUGGAAAGAAUGAGGCAGCAGGCAGAGAGAGGAUGUGGGAAUCCCUGAAGACGGUGCUUUUGGGGCCAGGGCUGUCCCUGAGGAUGCUUCCCGGAGUUCAGCUGCGUGCCGGGGCGUUAUCCCGGCGUCCCGGCCAGCCUAUUUUCUAGGCGAGGAAAUAUUUAACCGCGGCGUCAGCGGGCAGGGCAGGCGGCUGCAGGAAUGGAGGGAGGCGGGCAGCACCCGAUCCCUGCUGUCCCCCCCGGCCAGCCGCAGGGUGACCAUCUCCAGCUCCUGCUGCGCCGCAGCCGGGAGGCCAAAAACUGCGCCUAUUGCCCCUACAGCCAGUUCCCGGUGGGAGCUGCACUGCUCACCGCCGGCGGGGAGAUCUUCUCGGGGUGCAACGUGGAGAAUGCCUGCUACAGCCUGGGGAUGUGCGCCGAGCGUGCUGCCAUCCAAAAAGCCAUCUCUGAGGGGCACACCAGCUUCAAGGCCAUGGCCAUCGCCAGUGACAUGGGGGACCACUUCAUCACACCCUGUGGCGCCUGCAGACAAGUGAUGAGAGAGUUUGGCACAGACUGGGAUGUCUACCUGACCAAAGCAGAUGGCACCUACAUUGUCAAGAGGCUGGAGGAGCUGCUGCCACUCUCCUUUGGCCCUGAGGACCUGAAGAAGGUCUGAGCAGAGUGGCCAUCACCAGCCUUUGCCCUUAGGUACAGGGAACAAUGGUUUUCCCUGACUCUCUCAGCCUGUAAGCAAUUUUUUGGGAACAACACAAUGGAAAACGUGUUUAUACUGUUAAGUUGCCUGUUCCUCUGGAUCAUCUUCUAAUUCAGUGUUGAUUCACAGACUCCAGCUCCACCUUGCCCCGAGGAAAUGGCAAAAUCAAAUAAUAGAAAUUCCCUGUUACUAGUAAAAAAAGCAUCCAGACAUCCCUGUAGGCAAGGGAGGACAUGGGUUUGAUGCAGAACUCAAACAGGCUUUGGUACAGAAACCACUCCUGAAUAAUGCAAAAUAAUUGCUUGGGAAAGUGCUGGAUUCUUCAGCUCUAAAAAGAAGUGAAAGCAAGAAGGAAAAGGUCCAUCAGCGCCAGAAGUGACCCAAUCCAGAUUAGGUGGAUUGCUGGAACAGGAUGGUUAUUGCACUGACCAUGUCCUUUGCUCCUUUCUCCCCAGCUUGUUUUACUUUUAUUCUGUUUGGGGUGAAGAAGAGGGCAGGGAGUUUUUGGGGACUUCUGGAGAGUUUUAUGUCUCCAGGGUAAUGCCAUUUGUUGAUCAUACAUUGAUGUAUAAUACAGUGAUAAAUUAAUUAAUUACAUUUCCCAACCAGCACUGGGCUGAGCAUUUCUGCCAUGCCCAAGUGAAAUAAAAGCAGUUCUGGUUUAUCUCC